GGAGGAGGAGGAGGAGGCUGAGAAAAACGAGAGACCAUAGACUUCCAUCUCGGCCUAGAGCGUCCUUUAAAGUGUUGGGGAGAGGCGGGCGGGGACCACCCCCAACUGGCCGCUGGCGGUAUCAUGGCAUCCCGGAACCCCCCUCCCCAAGACUAUGAAAGCGAUGACGAGUCUUACGAAGUGUUGGAUUUAACUGAGUAUGCAAGAAGACACCACUGGUGGAAUCGAGUAUUUGGCCACAGUUCCGGACCUAUGGUAGAAAAAUACUCAGUAGCUACUCAGAUUGUAAUGGGUGGCGUGACUGGCUGGUGUGCAGGAUUUUUAUUCCAGAAGGUUGGAAAACUUGCUGCAACUGCAGUAGGUGGUGGUUUCCUUCUUCUUCAGGUUGCCAGUCACAGUGGCUAUGUACAGAUCGACUGGAAGAGAGUUGAAAAAGAUGUAAACAAAGCAAAAAGACAGAUUAAGAAGCGAGCGAAUAAAGCAGCACCUGAGAUCAACAACAUAAUCGAAGAGGCAACAGACUUUAUCAAGCAGAACAUUGUGAUAUCCAGCGGCUUCGUGGGAGGCUUUUUGCUAGGCCUGGCGUCUUAAGGACUUGAAGGCUCUAUGGUAGUGGAUCCAACAGUUAGAGGAAGACUGUAGCAGCAGAGCUAUCUCUUAAUGGCACAGGCUACCAGUCUCCAAAGUAAGGAAGAGCCGGCUGGACAAGUGCACAUGCAGCAGCUUAGCAUUUUGCCACCUGAAGCUUCCCAAGCUAGUAUCUGCUGUAAGACAACCUAUGCGGUGUGUAAACAAUAGUAUUCUUGAGCAACCAUGGAUUUUGCAAAUUUUUAAAUGUAAUGUUUGUUUAUAAACUAGCCUAUGAUUAUCAUCACUGGAUAUAGUGGAGACAAAACAAAAGCUGUUACAUGUACUGUCCAAUGAAAUAUUACCCUACUUUUCAAAGUUUUUUGUGCUUUACUGUCUAGUGCUAAUAAUUAAAAAUUGUCUUAUAGCUUCAAUAUUAUGGCUGAUUUUAUUUUAACGAUGUGUUUGCAAUAAACGGAAGAAUUGUUUUACCCCUUUGUGGAAGGCAACAAUAGAAUUAUUAAGAUAUUAAACUCUUCUGAUAUAUCAAUCUUUAGAUUUUCCCCCCUUCUGUUUCUUACUUUGCUUAUGUGUAAUAUUUACAUUAAAGGAGGAUUUUGUAAUGAAAUACUAAAUGACUAAAACACUUUCCCCUUCUCUAAUGUCUACAGUUUUUAAAACGUCUCCUUGUAUGUUCUAAUUUUUCAAGUUUGAUUUGUUUAUCCCUGAUAGCUUAGAUAGAACUAAUUUGGGAGUAUGUUAUUAGUUGGGUCAUUGAUAUGCUUUAUUAAUUUCAGAUGCAUCUCAUUUUUUUAAUUUCUAAAAAUCCUAAUUAUUUUUUUGUCUCUUCACCAAAAGGUACAGGUUGCUUUAAAAUACUUAAUAGUAUAAUAUGAACUUAUUGUCUGAAGAACUGUGAUUUUCUGUGUAGUCCUAAAAUUGUAGCUUAAAUAUAAUUGCUUCCUUGAUUAUGUGAUGUAAGCACUAGGGCUCUCAGGCAUUGCUAGCGUUACAUUUCUUGAGCACUAGGCCAGUUUACUUGUUUCUCUGGGCCAGCCUCACACUUGUUCCGAGCAUCUCUUGUCCAAGAACAGCUUUCAAUAUUGUUAUUCUUGUUCAUAGAAUUCUUGGUUGUCCCCGAGGAAAACAGCAGAACAGUCUUCAGCCACUCGGAUUAUCUCCUGAGAUAGGGCGUUCCCAUUGUAUACUCUGUGUCUUGUAAAUGUGUCAUUUCAUAUUUUUGAUAUUGGUUACAAGCUGUGUGCUUGUACUGUCUUGAAAUUCUUUAAAUUCAAAUGUACAAUUGAAUUUUAGUUUCCUUUAUUCUCAUUAGUGCCUCAUAUAGAAUGCUAAAUAAAACUCAGUUUCUUAAUAUGAAG